AUGACACAAAGCUUUCUUUCAAUGCCAAAUUUUUCAAAAACUUACUUGUAUGUUAUCCCUAAAAAUUUAUACCAAGAAUUUUGUAACGCUUUUGCGUUUUUUACAAUGGUUAAGGCCUGUAAUCCAAGUAUGAAUCGGCAAGAUUUAAUGGAUACAGCAAAUACAGAAUGGCGACUAUGUCGAACUGAAUCAGAAACAACUAUUAGAGACCAAAUCAAACAAUAUCUUGCAGCAAGUCCGCCUAUUAUACGAACGGCAAACUUUUUUCUACCACCUGGUUCAUAUAGUUCUAAAUCAUCAAAUUCUUUAAAUACAAACUCAAAUUCUGCAAUUUCUUCAUUGCCUUCGGCUAAUGAAGAACAUAUUCUUGCUCCUAAUGCGUCAUCUCAACGUCAAGCUUUAACCCUAAUUAAAGAAACUGGAACUAAAGUAAAUGAAUACGAAAAUCUAUUGCUAAAUACUAAUGACAUAGAUCUUAGGCGUCAGAUAUAUGAGAAGUUAAGGGAUAAUCGUGCUAUUAUUGAAAAGGAAAAAAAACCACAUCAAAGACUUUGCUGCAAUAUAUGCAGUAAAUAUUUUCCUACCGCGAAGAUGAUUACAAAACACAAACAAGUAAUUCAUGCAAAAAAACCACUCCAAAAAAAUGAAAAUCAAACCUCUAUAUCUGAUCUUGAACUUCCUAUUGUGCUAAUUGAACAUGUUGAACUGCCUUACUUAUCUACAGAAGAGGUUAUCGAAUCUUUAGAAUAUCUUGACAAUGACAACCAUCAAAUUCAAUUAAGUAAUUCAACUUUUAUGGAAGAUUUUUCCAACCUACCCUCUAUUCGUUCGUCAUGCCAGUCAUCUGAAGUUUUUGAUUUACGAGAG